UUUGAAAUUUGAUUAUGAUCGAAUUUUGAAGGACGUUUCUUCAAAAGAAAGUUUUGGAAAACACGGCUUAUUCCGAUUUUUGAGGUUUUAAUGACGUUUUAAAAAGUCACCCGUCCCGAAAGGGUUAUGUCAAUAAAUAACUUUUUCUUGGCAUAAUUAUAAAUUUUAUCAAUGUCUAUUUGUGUUUAUGUUUUGUAUUUAGGAAUACCAACCAUUUGUUGCUGAUCAUCAACAAGAAAAAUUAUGUAAACCAAUUCGUCACGAUAUCACUGAAAAAAUUUCAAAUAAUUAUCAACCAUCAAAAUCGCCUAUAUUUUGUAAUCAAAUAAAACGAAAAUAUCGUGAUAGUAAUUUUUGUUUUGUCUGUAAAAAACGUCAAAUAAAAAGAAAUUCUAUUUUAUGUGUAAAUCAAAAUACUAUAACAAAACUUCAAUAUGGUUACUCUCGCAGAUAUUCAACGAAGGAUUCAAAUGGAGAGCAAAUAUCAUUUUUUCAUAAACGAAUGCAUCGUUCAUGUUAUAGUAAAUUGUUAAAGCUUGCAAAUUAUCAACCUCGAAAAAUAUUAACAACGACAACAACAACACUCAACUGUAAAACAAAAGAUGUUCAUGACAAUGAUUUCUGUGUAUCACAAGCAAAAUUUUUACAUUCAUCUGUCAUUCGCCAUGAUCCAUCUGAAACUCAUUCACUACCAACAUCAACGUUGUCCAGAUUAGUUACACUCGAUCAUGAUUAUUGUAAACCACCAUUAAUGGCAGUUAUUUCUCGUCCUCUUAAGAUACCUACUUCUACUGUCGUUCUUAAUAAAAUUCAACUAACAGAAAACGAUAUCAAACAUUUACAAGAAUUCUCCAUCUCAUAUCAACAACAACAACAACAACAACAUGAAACGUUACCAAAAACAAAUAUCGAUGUUCAGCCCUGGAGCUCAUCAGGACGAAAAACAUUAGCUGUUGAAGUUGACGACACAACAACAUCUUUCGUAGCUGAGAAAAGUGCAUUUGAUGAAUUACAUCGAUGGCUCAGUGUAACAUUAAAAACCCAAUUAGUUUUACGAAUGAUCGAUGUUCAAACCAAAUAUCGUAAAUUAUUAGUGGCAAAAGGAAAAUCAGCUACGGAAGCAAUACUACGUACGGCAUCUAUUCGUCGACGUUUAGAAAAUCUUUCACCUUCAAAAUUUUAUUUUUAUAAACAUUGUCCCAAACAAGGAACAUACGUGGCACUGAAUAAUAUUGAACAAUUUGUCAAAGCUAAAGUAAAACAAGUUGAAGAUAUAAGAGAUAACGGUGUGGUGAUGGCUAUAAAACAAAGACAAGAAGAAACGUCCAGAAUCAAAGCGAUAACAGAUGAAUGUGAAUUAAUAUUACGUACAGUGGAAUUAUUAAGAAAAAGUAUUGUUUCUGGUUAUGAUUAUUUUAAAAAAUUAAAAACUUCACGUGAUCAAUUGGCUUAUGUUACAUCCGAUUCUUAUUGGAAAUCGUGUCCAACUUUUCUAAAGAAUUUUAUUGGUCUUAUUACAUUGAAUGAUCGUGAUUUUAAUGAAGUAAAACGUUCAUAUACUCAUUAUGAUAGUAUGUACGAUGGUUCAUGGUUUUCUAAAUCGAAAAAAUGGUUAAAAAUAUCAUCAAUAUCAUUUGAUAUAAUGAAUUGUAAAAAUGAUUCUUUUCUAAGUCCAAAACAUUAUCUACUUGGAAAUGAAUUACUUAAACAUGCAAGAUCAAGUGAUUUAAUAACAGUUAUGAAUCGAUUUGGACAUGUAUGUUCGUAUGAAGGUGUAUGUCGUUUACAUGAUGAACAAGCAAGAAAAGAAUCAACUCUUUAUCAAUUACCAAAAACUGUGCAUCCAAAUUGUUUUGGUGUAAAAGUAGCUGAUAAUUUUGAUUUGAAUAAAGAAACGGUACAUGGUGAAAAUAGUAUUCAUAUUAUGAAUCAGAUAAUUAUACAAAAUCCUGAAAAUAUUGACAUUAGUCUUGAAGAUACUAAUCAACAAAUAAUUGUACUGGAUGAUGAAGAAGAACAAGAUCAGAACGAUUCAGGUUUUGUUGAUGAUAUUCAAUCAUUUUCAUGUGUAACACAAAUAAAUCCUCAAUUUCGUCCAAUAUGCACAUCAACUCCAAGAAAAGCUGUAAUCGAUCGUCGUUCUUUUGAUCAAUCGAAUACUUACAAAUAUAAAGCAUUUGUUGAUAAUUCCUUGACAUUAAAAUUAUUUGCUUAUGGUUUAUCAAAACAUCUCUGUAAUGAUGUUCUCAAGAGCAAUACUCGUUUGCCGUUAUUAGCUGGCUAUUUUGCCACUCAUUUAGAACAUGACACAACAAAACCGUUACAUAUUAUUUCGUUUUGUACACCUAUUGAUCUUGAUCCAUCUUCUCAACAAGCAGCGGAUACAUGUUUAAAAUCAACAAAAACACAAUUUUUAGAUACAAAUUUUCAAAAAGAAGCAGUUAUUGUUGUUGAUGAAAAAAUUUAUCGAAAUUGUAUAAAGUCUAAAUAUAAUAAUCUGAAUGAAUUUCAAGCAUUAACAAUUUAUGCUGGUGAUUUUCAUUUGAUGAAAUGUUAUAUGGUAGUUAUUUGGGAUGUUCUCGAAGGAAGUGGUCUCGAAACAAUUAUUUCAUAUAUUUAUAAAGGUGCUUCAUUACGAUCAAUAUUUAAUGUUCAUCAUUUCAAUAAAUCACUUCGAUGUUGUAAACUUAUUUAUACGGCUUUAUCAAUGCAAAGAUUUGAAACAUUUCUUUCAUCAACAUCUGAUAUUACAGAUCAAAUUAAACAGAUUAUUUCAGGAUAUCCUCAUCAUUAUGCAAAAGAUGAAAUUAAACAACGGUGGUUUAAAACAUUAAUCAAUUGUUUAGAAUCAUUAGAAUUUCAACAAAAAUUUGAUGCUUGGAAAAUUGAAAAUAAAAAUAAAAAUAUAAAAUUUCAAUUAUGGUCAUUUAUAUUGGAUGAUUUAAUUUCACCAUUAAUUUCUUUAUAUAUGGCAUUACGUACAUCAAAUUUUGAUGCUAGAAAUGCGAGUUUAUCAAAAAUGGCUUCAUUAUUCUUUGCUACAAAUCAUCGUAAUUAUGCUCGUCUAUGUGGACAACAUUUAUACGAUUUACAAACAUGUUCAAAAUAUUUGUUUGAUAAAUUAUCCAAGUGUUUUGCAGUGAGACGAACAAACAAACCGUUUACAGCCAUAGCCAUGGAUCAAACAAUUGAGUGUACAAUUAAUAAAUUAGGUAAAGGUCACGGUGGUAUCAGUGGCCGAUUUAGUUCACAAUUAAUUGAUACCUGGACACGUUCAUUUGCCUAUCGUUCUCUCUUGACCAAUGUAACACAAACAUUAUGUGAAUAUGAAACAAAUUUAAAUUGUGUUGAUGCCCAUCUCGAAUGUACACCAAGUCGAUACGAUUUAGAUGACAAAGAUUUACAGUUGAUAUUAGAAAAACUCAAACAUGAAGACUUGUUUACAUCCACAGAUGCUGAUGUUACAAAAUUAAUGACAAAACAAUCGAAAGUAAUACAUGCUGAUAUUGUCAAGGAUCUAUGUUCAUCAGUGGAACGUGGUACACAAGCAUUAGAAACAUUUAUUGACGAACGAAUAAUUCGAAAAUUAGUGCCAAUGCAACAAAGAUUAAAAGCGAUUCACAGAUUAAGAUUGAAGGAUUCAGACAGAUACGAACCAUUAAGCGGUAAAAUCAGCAAACCUCGCAUUAAUCUCGUAAAAGAAAAACCAUUGAAAUUAGUCGAUAAUGAUAUAAAACGUUAUUUGAUAUUAGGUGAACAUCGUCAAUUAGAUUUAUCACAAUUAUUUUCUCAUGAAUUUACUCAUCAACCACUUGCCUUAUGUCCAUCUUCGCUACCAGUUGAUAAACAUUCAUCAACAUUCUUUGGAAUAAAACAAUCAAAUAAUACAACUAAAACAUUACAACAAAUUUAUCUCUUUUUUCAAGAUAAAUUUUUACAAGCAUUUUCAACUACACCAUCUUCGACAGCAACAAUAUUAAUUAUAGAUGGAAAACAAUUAUUAACAUUAAAUCGUCCUCUAUUAAGAAGUGGUACAAUACAAGUCUAUUCAAAGCAAUUAUUUGAUCAAGUUUUAUUAAAACAAUUUGAAAUAUUUGAAAGAAUUGAUAUUAUUUUUGAUUCAUUAUUAGAUAAGGAUGAUGGACAUAUAAUACACGAUUUUAAUCCAAUAGAUAUUCUACCAAAUGGAAAAUUAUUCGAUAAUUUAUUAGAAAUAAAUAAAGCAAAUUUGACAAGUUGUCUAAUAAAAUGUUGGUUAGAACAGACAUCUAAAAUACCAACGGGUAAAACACUUAUUUUAGGUGGUCCGGGUAAUAAAACGUAUUUAUUAACUUGUGAUAAUAUUACAGUUACUGAUUCAUUAGCUUGUAAUCAUUUGAAUUUAUCUACUCGAAUAUUAUUUCAUGUUAAAAGUAUUCAACAAUCGUCAACUAUUCUAAUUCGAUCAACCGAUCCUGAUGUAUUCAUUUUAUCAAUUGCCUAUGCAAAUCAAUUUUUACCUACACAACUUUUUCUUGACUAUAGUGUACAACAACAGCCAAGUGUACGAGAUCGUGAAAAAGAUCAAGUUGAUCAAUUAAAAAUUAUUAAUUGUACACAAAUAUCAACAUUAAUAAAAGAACAACAUUUAAUUGAUCCAUUAAAUUUUCUUCUUUUACAUGCAUUAUCAGGUUGUACAUCUGUUGGAUGUUCAUCAAUUCGUAAUAUUCGAAAAUAUUUAAUAUUUGAUACAUAUUUUAAACAACCGACAAAAUAUGAUUUUACUCAAGGAGAAAUUGUUUAUGAACAAUUAUUAUUAUCCUGUUAUCGACCAUUAAAUACACCUAUUACACUUGAUGAAUUACGCUCUCAAAUGGCUAUGACAGCAUUAAAACGAAAUAGUAAAAAUAUUGCUCUCUGUUUACCACCUACAAGUGAUGCUUUUCAACUUCAUUGUAAACGUGUUCAACGUCAACUAAUGAUUUGGAUUCAAUCAUUAGAAUCUAACAUUGUCUAUCCACCGUAUGUGAAUAAUGGUUAUGAAUUAAAUGGUGAAAUUAUAUGGAAAUCAAAAUCGACCAUGCCUAAAUUAGAUGUUACACAAUUAAUACCAAUACCUUGUCAAGGAAAAAAUUGUCAAGAUGGAACAUGUAAAAAAUGUACAAGUGGUUUUAAUAGUCAAUUGUUUCCACUCAUGACAACAAAAACUAUCCUCAAGAAAUGUCCAUCGAUAACACCUAUAGGCGUAGGUGCCUACUGCAAAACAAAACUAGCCCGAGCUCUCUGUCAUUUACCUGGAAUGAAAAUUCCUGCAUCAUCGAAACAGUCAAACGUGGAAAAAAUAAAUGACGAUAUCUACGAAAAACAAUUUAUAGAUACUCAAGAAUUGGAAGAUCAAGAAGAUUAUGAGUUGAAUGAUGAAGAAUAUGAUUUAUCUGACACAGAGAGUUUACAACCAGACGAAAGUGACGAUAUUUUUGAACAAGAAAAUGAUGAUACAGAUUUUAAACGUUCAUCGUCUUUUGAUGAAUUACUGCCUAAGAGAAAACGAUUAAAAGUGGAAGUCGCAGAUGUCAAAAGUUCAACAACGAUGGAAAUUGUGAAAAACGAAAGCGAUGACGAAGAAGUUGAAGACCCUGAUGAUGAAAAUUGGUCAAAUUAUUAUUCACAGGAAAUUCAAGAUAGUCUUGAUGACUAA